AUGGAGCAGGGCACAACGCCGGCGACCUACCUUCCGGACGAGCUCGUCGUCGAGAUCCUCGCGCGCCUGCCGGCCAAGUCGCUCUGCCGCUUCAAAUGUGUCUCCCACCGUUGGCGCCGCCUCAUCUCCGACCCCGCCCACCGCGCCCGGUUCGUGCAGACCCUUUCCGGCUUCUUCUUCCUUUCCGACGAAGGCCCCAGAUUUCGUUUCACUGCUUUACCGUCGUCUGUUACUCCUCUCGAGGAAGACGGUGACGGCCCGCCUCUGGUGGACGCCGCCCUCUCCUUCCUGCCCCCUAGAUGCGGGGAGAUCGAGAUGCUGGACUCAUGCAACGGGCUCCUCCUCCUCCGCUGCUACAACGAGCUCUCAUCUUCUCCCCCGCCCCCGUUCUACGUCGUGUGCAAUCCUGCCACCAGGGAGUGGGUGGCCUUGCCGCAGCCGAGGUACAACGGUUACGGACAAGGCGCCAGGACCUGGUACGCUGCGGUAGGCUUCGAUCCGGCCAUCUCCUCGCAUUUCUAUGUGUUUCAGGUGGUGGAGGUGCAUGAUGCCAUGCCCCUACUUCCCAUCGCGGCGGUGGAGGUCUACUCAUCUGAAACUGGCACAUGGGUUCUAAGGGAAUGCAAGCCUGAAUGGAUCUACUUUUAUGGCCGUAUGACCUACUUCAAUGGCUCCCUACAUCUUCCUAUCGAGCACGAAAAAGUUGUGUCGGUGGAUCCCAACGGUCAGUCAUGGAAGGUAACCCAAGUACGUCACUGUGAGGAUCAUGGCCGUAGGGAAGGCCGUGGUUAUGUAGGCCAUUCUCAAGGGCGCUUGAUUUACGCGAACAAUGACCGCAAGUAUGAUGUGCUGUCAAUAUAUGUUCGUGAGGACCAAGCCAGUAGGGAGUGGAUCAUGAAGCACAACGUCAGCAAGUCCGAUCUACUUUUUGAGCCAUGGAAGCAUAUGCUGAAACCAACCUACUACAUAGCUGGAUUUCAUCCGGAUGGUGAUUUGGUUUUCUUCUACGACCGGACACGGAACAUGCUGAUCUCCUAUGACAUGAAUCACGGGGACUGGCAUCACCAAAUAUCAACUAGAAGUGCUUCACGUUCUCCACACUACAAGGCUGAUGUUUCAAAUCUCUAUUGUUCAUAUGACAUCGACGCCUUGAGAAAGAUAGCGAACAAAUUUUGGUACUCCUUUGUAUUCCACCGUCCCCACCUCGAGGAUGGAGGCGGGGAGCUAGUGCCCGGCGCGGCCUACCUCCCCGACGACCUCAUCGUCGAGAUCAUCUUCUCGGCUGCCGGCUAA